CUGCCCGACUGUAUAGUGCCAACUGUACAGUUUGGUGGAGGAGGAAUAAUGGUCUGGUGCUGUUUUUCAUGGUUCGGGCUAGGCCCCUUAGUUCCAGUGAAGGGAAAUCUUAAUGCUACAGCAUACAAUGACAUACUAGACAAUUGUGUACUUCCAACUAAGUGGCAACAGUUUGGGCAAGGCCCUUUCCAGUUUCAGCAUGAUAAUGCCCCCGUGCACAAAGCGAGGUCCAUACAGAAAUUGUUUGUCAAGAUCGGUGUGGAAGAACUUGACUGGCCUGCACAAAACCCUGACCUCAACCCCAUCGAACAUCUUUGGGAUUAAUUUGAACGACGACUGUGAGCCAGACCUAAUCGCCAGUGCCUGACCUCUCUAAUGCUCUUGUGGCUGAAUGGAAGCAAGUCCCCAAAGCAAUGUUCCACCAUCUAGUGGAAAGCCUCCCUCAAGAGUGGAGGCUGUUAUGGCAGCAAAGGGGGACCAACUCCAUAUUAAUGCCCAUGAUUUUGGGAUGAGCUGUUCGACAAGCAGGUUUCAACAUACUUUUGGUCAUGUAGUGUACUUGCACUAAGAUACACUACAGAUUAAUGCAGUCAGCUGUUUUUUUUUUCUUUUUUUGUGGUAUUCAUGAAGCUUUUGUUUGUUUCAAUUAUAUUUUGUUAACAUGGGUUUGAAACAUACUAUUGAGUGAUUUUGUGCAAUAUAACAUGAAGUGGCAAUACUAUAAGGGUGAUGUUUAUCUAUUUUGAGCUCAUUGGCAUUUGUCUAACAUGCUUAAAUUGUGUAUUAAAUUAUUUCUACGGUAACAAUGUGCUUGGAGAAAUGUGAUCAUCUCAAGCAGCAAUAUGGACUCCAUGCUUUAACAGAUGUAGUAAUUCAUUGUUUUCCAAUGGAACCUUGAGAAUGAGCUUUUGGAAAAUAUCAAUGAUUUAACUUAUGUUUGUUUAAAUAAAGGGAUAUUCUGUGUUUGGAAAGCCCUGUAAUCUGUAUUGCUUCUUGUCUCUUGCAGUUUUAUUUUCACAUUUGAAAACUGCCCUAUUUAUACCAUAUCUCACAAUGCCCACUUGGAAGUGUCAAUGCAUUUACAAUGUACUAGCUAUAUUCUACGUCUACUACAUUUACAGUGUACUAGCUAUAUUCUACAUCUACUACAUUUUACACAGUAAAAGGGCGCAAUAACCAAGAUUACUUUUAUAGCAUGAAAUCUGUUCCGAACCAGUUAUUUAUCAAUCAAUAAUAAAUCCAAGCUAUGGCGUAGUUGUCCUUUUCAUUAGUUUCUGGCAGCACAGUUAACUGUGAAAGACAAGAAAAAGUUGCCCUGGUGAGACAUUAACCAUGCCAUGUGAAUGAUUGAGGGAAUCAGCAUAACGUUUAUGCCAUUGUUGUGAAUGCAUGUCUGACUCAACAUGUCAAUACACACUGAAGACUUUGAUCUGAAACUACAGGAGAAAAAGUUGUUGAAAUCUGCCACCUUUGCCAAUGUACUUGGGAGAGACUGAAAGUCGAGUUCGUUUUGGUUGUAUACAAUCAGACACGGAGGGUUCUACCUAUGGGCACAGGGCUGUUUGUGAUGGCCGUGUCUCAGUGGAUGUUCUGUGCUGCAGUGCUGCUCCUCCUCGUCCAGGCGCUCCAGUGUUCUCCGACUCCCCCUGCCUGUCCUGAGUCCUGCCUUUGUCAGAGAGGUCCUCUGUUAAACUGUUCCUCUGCUGGCCUUUCCAAGGCCCCACAACACAUCCCUUCCACCGUAAAUGAUCUAGACCUAUCUCACAACCUCCUGAACUCCCUUGAACCCUCGUGGCCAAGUUGGGGGCUUAAUAAUCUAUGGCUUGGACACAACAGCAUCACUCACCUGUCUCUGUGUGUGGGGAGGAACUGGAGGGGUAAACAUGGGAGAAUAACCCUCUCACACAACAGAGGAAGAUGUGUAUCUUGGGCCCCAGCCCUGCAGCUGCUGUCUGCUGAGAGGAACCAGCUAGAGAUGAUCCCUGAGGGCCUGGGAGGCAGUGAGUUCCUGCAGGUGCUUCAGCUCUCCCACAACAGGAUCUCUGGCCUGCAACCUGGAGAUCUUUGCAGGUGCCCCCAUCUGAGAGAGCUUUGCCUGCAGCACAACCACAUAUCCAACCUCCACCCACAUGCCCUCAAGGACCUCCCAGAGCUCAGGGUCCUGGAUCUGAGCUUCAACCUGUUGACCACAAUCUCUCCAUCCGCCUACCUGUCGCUACGUAACCUGAAUGCCCUGGUGGAGGUGAGUGGUAACAGGUGGAGGUGUGACUGCAGCCUGCGGAGCGUGAGGAGGUGGAUGGCCUACGAUAGGCAAAGGGCCCAACACCAGAUCUGGAGGGGGGUUGUGUGUUCCUCCCCCUCCAUCCACACAGGUAGAGACCUGCUACACUUGGAGGACAGUGACCUCACCUGCUCUACAGCGGAGAACAGGGAGGGGCUCCACCAGGAUGUGACAGUGACUGAGGGGACAGAGAUCCUGCUGCCCUGCGGCACCCUGCGGCAAGAUUCAACAUGGUGGACGACUAAUGGACAAGUUUCUGGAAGUCAGAUGGGCCUGCUGAUCAGUGACAUCACAGAGGAAGACGCAGGGCUGUACGUGUGCAUGUCUGGGCCAGAAGAGCAGUAUGUAUCUGUAUUUAACAUCCAUGUUCAUAAGACACAGAGGAAAAGCAGAGGCACCAGGAGUUUACACGGUGAGAGGAAGCUGAUACACACAGAGGUAGGCAGCCUACAGAGGGAGGGUCAGGGGACAGACCUGAACUCUCUAGAUCUCCACAGGGCUUCUCAGAGAACACAGUCUGACCUGGUCCUGGCUGUCUGCCUGUCUGUAUUCAUCACCUUCCUGUUAGCAUUUAUACUUGGUGCUCUUGCCAGACCUCUCCUGGACCCUCUCUGGAGGAGGUGCUGUAACCGUACCAAGCAAAGCUCCUCCCCAGCCCAGUCGGUCUCCUCUGCUGGGCAGGGCCCCUACGACAAUGGCGCCUAUUCAGAUGAGGCGCAGGAGGAACUAGGAACACACAGGGAGAGUAGUGUGACAUUCAGAGGACAUCCUUCAGAAAUAAGGGAUCAGAGUAGCAUUCCAUACUAUGAUACGGUGGCCAAUGGCAGACAGGACAACCUCGCUGGGGAAUAUGAUGCAACAUAUGAGAAUGUUUAUGCAAAGGAUAUCUCACACCCCUCCCUAGAGGUCCAUCACCCACCUGACGAGAAGCCCAGAGCACAGGACUCUGUCAGCUCAGGCAGCUCCCAACAGGACAGCCCAGAGACAGACACCCAUAGUGGAGAACUCUCUGAUGUCUCUCUAAGUGAACCACAAGUGGGUGCUCACCCAGUCCAUACCCACCAUGGCAUGGAGUUUGAACCCAUCCCUGACCCAGAACAGUUGCAGGGAUAUCGAAGCUCGUCCGUGUCUUCAGACUCUGACCAGGAGAGGCUGGAUAGGGAUCAGGAUAUGCACUGGCCCAAAAACUAUUUGGCUCAAAGAUUGGAAGAGAAGUACAAGACCCAGAACAAUCCCUGGGAGCAUCAAUCCCUCCAGAAAGAAGAUGACUCCUUUGAGCAGAGUUCAGAUUUCCCUAUGGUUAAACAAGUUGAUGUGCCACAGAUCAAGAUCGGCAGCGUGGGUGAGAUCCCUGGAUUUACAGCUGAGCCCUUUACAGAUUGGAAACCAAUCAAGGCAGAUCCAAACCCCAUGGAGUCUGAGCUGUGGAAUGACAGUGGAGAGAGCUUUGAGUUCCCUGAUUCUAUCCGAGGUGCAUCGGUACAGUCCAGCAGUCAAUAUCUCUCGGGUUCUGCUUUUGACGAUCAGUUGAGAAAGAAGUAUGAACAAGCUCGGAAUGAAGAACCGCUGGUGAAAGACCAGAGGGAGAAUAAUAAGCUGCUGGAGCUGAACCUAAGUUACAGUCGGAAUGAACCUACAGUGUACACUGUGAACCCAGAGACUGAGGUAGUGAAGGAGAAGAUGAUUGUCCAGAAUGUGGGUGAACUGAUACAGGAAGUUCAGAGUGCUCUGAAACCCAGGAGUGCUAUGAUAUGUCCAGCGAUCGUGGGGAUGAACCCACAAAGUACACAGUGAACGAGGAGGAUUCAGCUCAAGUUCCAGAUGUCAUGUACAGGGAUCCAUCUCUCACUCUUGGCACCAAAGAGACAGUGUCUCCAAGGAAAACUCUCAAUAUUGGCUUUAAGAAAUACACCAAGCCCCUUCCACAACUGUCUUUGCCAAAAACAUCCCUCCCUUUCUCCACCUCUUCAGACUCUCAAACUCAACUCUUCUAUGUCCCCCCACUUGGGAGACGUCUGGAUAGCCAUCCCCCUCAGGAAGAUCCACCUGCUGCCCCAAGAACACCCCCACCCUCUGGUUCAUCCUCUUCUAGAACCGGGAGUGAGGAUGAGACUACAAUGAACCGAAAAAGAAAAGAGAAAGCUAAGAUCCCUGACGUCACAUAUAGGGAUUACUCUCUCAGAUCUGGAGACACAUCAACUAAAGUAUCUUUCUCUCCAAGAAAAGAUCUAAAUAUUGGCUCCUCCAGCGAGAGUUCUCAAUAUCAACAUGAGUCUGUGACAAGGUACGAGAGUGUCACCAGAACAAAGGGUGUAGACUUUGAUGAAGACAGCAAGCUUCGUCCCCAAAUGUCUUUGCCCAAAACAUCACUCCUUUCCACCACCUCCUCAGACAGGGUCAGAGCUGAGGAGCCAUCAGUUAAAAUCUACAUCCCUGGACUUAGGAGGCGUCAGAAUAUUCAGCCCCCUCAGGAAGCUCCACCUGCCAAAUCAUCCUCUUCCAGCUGUGAGAGUGGAGAUGAGACUCCAAAACACACAAUGAAACCAGCUAAAGCCAUCACAGAUUAUUUUCCCCCAAGGAGAACACUCAAUAUCAGCUUUAAUAACUCAGCCAGUACCACAGAUGAGGUGGAGAGGAAGACCGAAGCAGAGGACAGGUGGGAUCAGCCAAGGCUUGGUAAAGUGAAGGCGCUGUCAGAGAGAACACGAAGGGACACAGAGGAAAGUUCUACAGACAUGAAUGUUUCUUUCUCCCAAAUAAGAGCGCUCAAUAUCAACUUUGAUGCCUUAGACAGCAGCACAGACGAGGUGGGGAGGAGUACCGGAGCAGACUACAGUAACCCUACUGAAGAAAUCAGUCCCUCUCCCCAACUGUCAUUGUACGAAACAUCACACUUUUUCUCCACCCCCACAGAUGAGGCGAGGCCUAGAGGAGAGUAUUCACUCCAAAUUCCCCUACACAGGAAGCGCUUAGUUGUAGACAUCCAGCCCCCCCUGGCUUUACCGGAUGCCCCAGCAACACCUCCACCAUCCCCAGAGGGAGAGGAGGCAGCAGGGUCUGGAUGGAGGAGUAGGGAACAACAGAUGAGAGCCAUGGAUGGAUUUGGCUGUAACUCCAUGACACAGGGAGACAGGAGCUAUAUGGGGUUAGUGGUUGCUAAACCAUUCGGCAUACCUCGUCCAUAUCAGAGCGUUACCUCAGAAACCAUUAUGACCACCCGGUGUAGUGAGGUCUCUACCUCUGGUGACCUCAAUAUGACCUACUCCAACUCCACCCUCCAUUUUGAAACACACAAAGAGGGCAGUGAAGUUUGAGAGCUACAACUGUAAUUGUUUGUACUGAUUAAAGAAAUCACCUGAGAAGUUAAUGCAGCAGAUUGUUGUUAAAACAUAAGUUGUUUAUUUUACAGAAUCAUACUGUUAUUACAUUGUUGUAAAUGAGUGUAACACCAGAUAUGUUUGUCUUAAUGAAAAUAGCUGUUUAAGUGACUGAAUUAUUUCAGACUGAGGCAAAUAAAAGGUGGGACCAUUAAAACCCAAUUUCCCAGAUUCAUAUCCACCUACUUUACUCCUCUAUUUUGCUACAAAAUUCUCUUCAUGACACUAUCAUAAAUAAACCUGUAAUGAAAGUCGCC